AAAAAACCACAAAUUAAAAUAUACAACUAGAAAUGGCUGCUCUUACGCGCUCUAUGUUCUUCGUGGUAAUUCUUGCAUUAUGCUUUGCUUCAGUUGCAUUUGGUGAUGCUGGAACUGCCUCAUUUUACACAAAUUACAAACCAUCAGCAUGCUAUGGAAGCCAAGAAGAAGGGAAUAUAAUAGCAGCUGCAAAUCCAACUCUGUACAACAACAAGGCUGCUUGUGGUAGAAGAUAUCGAGUUACUUGCACCGGUGCCAGUUGUCGCCCCGGUAACGUUGUUGUCAAAAUUGUAGAUCUAUGCCCUGAAUGUGCACCUGGUAGAUUGGAUCUAUCCAAGGAAGCCUUCUCUGCCAUUGCUGAUCCUGUUGCUGGUAUCAUUAACAUUGACUACGUUCAGGUUUGAAGCACGUAGAGAAGGUCCGAAGCUAGAAGACCGUCAUCAAGUUUUUUUUUUCCCCUUAGCUUACCAAUGCUGGUUUUAUGCUUGAUUAGCUUUCAUGUGCUUUGUAUUUGUAAGGUCGGGAAAAAUGAAAUAAAAAACAAGAAUUGAAUCAAUGCAA